AGAAUCAAAAAGGCGUUGUGAAGAAACAAAAAUAGAAACUCGUUUCGAGGUUUUUUUUUUUUUUUUUUUUUAAAUGUGUAAAGCAUACAAAAGUCCAUUGUUUUGAGAAACAGAGAUGGUUAUGGGUUCACAAGUUCUGAUGGAGAAUUUACUGAGGGGAAAGUUUUUUGUCGUGACGUUAUUUUUGUGGGUUUCCGCAGUCACAGCCUCUGUGACUUAUGAUCACAAAGCCAUUCUUGUUAAUGGGCAUAGAAGAAUUUUGAUCUCCGGGUCCAUCCAUUAUCCAAGAAGCACACCUGAGAUGUGGCCAGACCUUAUUCAGAAGGCCAAAGAUGGAGGCUUAGAUGUUAUACAAACCUAUGUGUUUUGGAAUGGACACGAGCCUUCUCCUGGAAAUUAUUAUUUUGAGGAUAGGUACGACUUGGUUAAGUUCAUCAAGCUGGUUCAGCAAGCUGGCCUUUAUGUUCAUCUCCGCAUUGGUCCCUACAUAUGUGCUGAAUGGAACUUUGGGGGAUUUCCUGUUUGGCUCAAAUAUGUUCCGAAUAUUGCUUUCAGAACAGACAAUGAGCCUUUCAAGGCAGCAAUGCAAAAAUUUACUGAGAAGAUUGUCAGCAUGAUGAAGGCAGAGAAAUUGUUUCAGGUGCAGGGAGGUCCAAUAAUUCUAUCUCAGAUAGAGAACGAGUUUGGACCAGUAGAGUGGGAAAUUGGUGCUCCUGGAAAAGCUUACACAAAAUGGGCUGCUCAAAUGGCUGUUGGUUUAGAUACUGGCGUCCCAUGGAUUAUGUGCAAGCAAGAAGAUGCUCCUGAUCCUGUUAUUGAUACCUGCAAUGGGUUCUACUGCGAAAACUUCACUCCCAACAAAAAUUACAAACCCAAAAUGUGGACAGAGAAUUGGACUGGCUGGUACACUGAGUUUGGUGGUGCGGUCCCUCGAAGACCAGCAGAAGACUUGGCAUUCUCAGUUGCGAGAUUCGUACAGAAUGGUGGUUCAUUUGUUAACUACUAUAUGUUCCAUGGAGGUACUAACUUUGACCGGACAUCUGGCGGUCUCUUCAUUGCCACAAGCUAUGACUAUGAUGCUCCCAUUGAUGAAUACGGACUACUAAAUGAACCAAAAUGGGGGCAUUUGAGAGAUUUGCACAAAGCAAUAAAGCUAUGUGAGCAAGCUUUAAUUUCUGUAGAUCCCACGGUGACAUGGCCUGGAAAUAACCUGGAGGCACACGUUUUCAAGACAGAAUCAGGUGCUUGUGCUGCAUUCCUUGCAAAUUAUGACACCACAUCUUCCGCAAAUGUUACAUUUGGAAAUGGGCAAUAUGACCUACCACCUUGGUCUAUCAGCAUUCUUCCUGACUGCAAAACAGCAGUUUUCAACACUGCAAGGAUUGGUGCCCAAAGCUCCCUCAUGAAGAUGACUGCUGUAAACAGUGCAUUUGCUUGGCAGUCAUACAAUGAAGAACCUGCAUCGUCCAGUGAAGAUGGUUCCAUUACAGCAUAUGCACUGUGGGAGCAGAUUAAUAUCACCCGAGAUUCUACAGAUUAUUUGUGGUAUAUGACAGAUGUCAACAUUGAUCCGAGUGAAGGUUUUAUUAAGAAUGGACAAUCUCCUCUUCUUACUGUAAUGUCAGCAGGCCAUGCUUUGCAUGUUUUCAUCAAUGGUCAACUUUCAGGAACUGUGUACGCGGCAUUGGGGUUUCCUAAAUUAACAUUUAGUGACAGAGUUAAGCUGGGGGUUGGCAAUAACAAGAUUUCUUUACUUAGUGUUGCCGUGGGUCUCCCGAAUGUUGGCGUGCACUUUGAGACCUGGAAUGCAGGGGUCUUAGGCCCAGUCACACUUGAGGGUCUAAAUGAGGGAACCAGAGACUUAUCUAGACAGAAAUGGUCUUACAAGAUUGGUCUCGAAGGUGAAGCCUUAAACCUUCACACUGUAAGUGGGAGUACUUCCGUUGAAUGGGAACAAGGAUCAUUAUUGGCUCAAAAACAACCUUUGACAUGGUACAAGACAACUUUUAGCACACCAGCAGGCAAUGAUCCAUUGGCUCUAGAUAUGAUUAGCAUGGGAAAAGGUCAAGUAUGGAUAAAUGGUCGGAGCAUUGGACGCCAUUGGCCUGGAUAUAUAGCACGAGGUGGUUGUGGGGAUUGUUAUUAUGCUGGAACUUAUACGGAUAAAAAAUGCCGGACAAAUUGUGGAGAACCCUCCCAGAGAUGGUACCAUGUUCCUCGGUCGUGGCUGAACCCAAGUGGGAACUAUCUGGUUGUGUUAGAAGAAUGGGGAGGUGACCCUACUGGAAUUUCUUUGGUGAAAAGAACCAUAGAAAGUGUGUGUGCUGAUAUAUAUGAAGGGCAGCCAACCCUAAAGAACAGGCAGAUGCUAGACUCUGGAAAACUUAAUAGACCCAAAGCUCACUUGUGGUGUCCACCUGGGCAAAAGAUAUCCCAGAUUAAAUUUGCUAGUUACGGAUUGCCACAGGGAACUUGUGGAAACUUUCGAGAGGGGAGUUGUCAUGCUCAUAAAUCAUAUGAUGCUCCUGAAAGGAACUGCAUUGGCAAGCAAUCAUGCUUGGUAACUGUUGCUCCAGAAGUUUUUGGGGGAGACCCAUGUCCAGGAAUUCCAAAGAAGCUCUCAGUUGAGGCCCUAUGCGGCUAGAUCCUGUGAUCCAACAAUUUGCUAGACGUGGUGCGGAUCUUAUUAUAGAAAGUAUCUAAGUCCAAAAGUGAUGUCCCAUCACUUCGGGCUGUUGAUUUUUACGCCUCCCGAUUGCAAAGGCCCAAUCUUGCAAAUGGCUAUGUACAUAGUCAAGCUAUUCUACUGAAUAUUACUCCAUACAUUACGGGGCUUUCAAUAAUGAAGCAUUGAGCCCCCA